UGCUUUUUUGUGUUUUUGGGUGUUGAAUCAGUCGAUUGCUGUUCUGCGCAGUUAGUCAAACACUUUGAACAUCCAACCCUAGCCCCCACACACCAAAGCAAAUGUCUGGCCUCAAGUCCCGCGAGAGGAAGAGCAACGCGGCGGCGGCUGCAGCGGCGCGCAUCACUGCGGACAUGCCGAGUGCAGCGGGUCGACGCGGCGGCCAGAACGACGACGACGGGGACGACGCCAACGGCGAAGACCACCAAGGCUCGUCUGCCAAGCAGAGCAACAAGCGGAACGCGCGCCGCGGUGGCGGUGGCCGUGCUGCCUCGGUCGAUGACAGCGAUGACGACGCUUCCAGUGUCACCAGUGGUCGCUCAGGCGCAAUGUCCGACGACGAAGACGCGGGAUCCGGCGAACCAGAACAUGGCGCGAGUGCAGUUGAGAGCCACUUGCAGCAGGUCCUGGAUGCCCUUCGUGAGCGUCGAUCCAUCCUGCGCUCGGCGGGCCUGUCCAAGCUGAUCCAGCUGCUGCAAAAGUUCUACUUGCCCGCCGUGUUUGCCACCCACAAAGUAUCUCUGCUGGAUGGAAUUGAAAAGUGCCUCAAAGGCAGCGAGGACAACAUCCGAGCAACUGCCGCCUCUGCCGUGACGCUUGUCGUGCUCCAGCUAGGCUCGGAGGUCUCAGGCGAGCUUGGUGACAUUAUCACGGCGCUCCGGACUUAUGCAUCUGCGGCUGCUACGAAUAGCAGCACCCGCGCCGCUUGCGUGGCUGCACUGUCCUGGACUGUCUUCAUCACGAGCGAAGAUCCCACCGAAGUCACGUCCACCAUGCAGCUGGCCCAGGAACUGUUCAGCCGUGCCCAGCACCAGACAGAGGCUCAGUUGGCGCAGAACGGUCAGGCCCACACGGUCAGCGACCCGGACAUGGUCGCCGCUGCCAUCGUGGCGUGGGGAUUGCUGCUGCCACGCGUCCCGUCGACAGCCCGCAUCGUCGAGCUCUCUCGCGAGGUCGUUCGACCACUCACCACCCUGCUGGCCUCCUCUGACCACCACAUCCGCCUCGCUGCUUCUGAGACUCUGGCCGCGGUGUUUGAGCUGGGUCGUGCCCUCGUCGACGCCACCGUGGCCGAGGGUGGUCGCUCCAAGUCGUUCGACUCCCACUUCCAAGUGGACGACAUUUGCGAGCAGCUCGAUGCCCUCUGCUCGGACUCUGUCAAGAGCCGUGCCAAGGCAGAGCGCACGCGCGAACGCAGCGUGUUGCGCCAAGUCAAGGACACACUCGAGGCGCAUGAAGGCGUCGAGGAGACCGUCAAGCUGCUGAAGGAACGCUUUGUGGUUGACACAUGGGAGUCGUUCAAUCGUUUGAAUCAGCUCCGAGCAAUCCUUCACAGCGGGUUCCAGCCUCAGCUGAUGUCCAACCCGCUUCUACGAGAUAUGUUUGAUCUCAGUCCUGUCGCCAAUGAUGCUGCUGAUGGCGGUCGAAACGCCGGCGAUGACAAGCGAAACAAGGCCGCAUACUUUGCCGCCGUGUCGAAGGCUCGCAGCAUGUACCGCAACAAAAACCGCGAUCGUCGUCAAGCGUCGAAGGGUCGAGUUGAGGACGACGAUGAAUAAUGCGUUGUUGAGGCUGCCUGCUGUUGUUCCAAUACAUGUGGUUUUGUUUUUGUCUGGUCGUUUGAAUUUUGGAAC